AUGUGGAAAUACGGUCAAGAAGGUUUUUUCCGCUUGACUUAUGAGGAACACAAACAUCAAAGCGAUGAAGUUCUAACGAGCUCCACUAUGGAGGAUGACCCCAGACGCUGUCAAGACAAUGCUUCCUUGAGAAGUCAAACAAACUGGCAGAAACGCCUAACGAAAAAGAUGAUGAACUCAGAUACCAUGACACACAGAGAAUCUGAGGGAAAUCAUUUCAGUACUAUAUAUGGUUCAGGACAAGCAAUUAAAGAAGACUAUAAGAGACUUAUACUCGAUUUACACUCACAGGAGUUCCUCACCUCGCAGCUGCACAACCUGGAGGAGUGGCUGUGCCUGGGCCUGGCCUAGUGCGAGCAGAGUAAGAAACUCCUCACCAAGCAGGCCAGCGAGAUCAAGUUACUCAAGGAAGAGUGUAAACGCAGGAAAAAGUUGACUUCCACCCAGCAGCUGAUGAUUGAGGCCAAAGCCAGGUAUCACCAGUGCCGUUUUUGUGACAAGGUCUUUAUGAACCUACCUUUUCUACAAAGUCAUAUUCAGUGCUGCCACCCUGAAGAUUCUCAUCUUGCAGAGUAUAAGACAAGGGUACAGACUGACAAACUCCAGAAUGAGACCGACAUGUUGAAGGAGCUCACCAAGUCUCAGCUAGAGGCUGCACAGCAUGCCCAUGCAGUCAGAUUCUCUAAGGAAUAUGAAAUGCAGAAAACAAAAGAGGAAGAAUUUCUGAAGUUAUGCGAUAGAUGGAAAGAAGAAAAGGAAAAACUAGUUGAUGAAAUGGAAAAAGUCAAGGAAAUGUUUAUGAUGGAGUUUAAAGAACUAACUUCUAAGAAUUCGGCAUCAGAAUAUCAAUUGUCAGAAGUCCAGAAGUCCAACAUGCAGAUCAAGUCAGGCAUAGGCACAUUAAAAGAUGCAAAUGAGUUUAAAGAAGAACGUCCUCAGCAACCCCAGGAUUUCCAAAAUAUGAUGCAACUUCUUGAUAGUCAGGAAAGCAAGUGGACAGCUUGAGUUCAGGCUCUUCAUCAAGAACACAAGAAAGAGAAGAGCCGGCUCCUGUCACAUAUAGAGAAACUUCGAAGGCUAAUGGUAGAUGAUCUAAAUGCAAGUAAUGUAUUCUACAAGAAAAGGAUAGAAGAGCUAGGGCAGAGGGUCCUGGAGCAGAAAGAGCUGAUCAUCACUCAGAGACAAAAGAUUAAAGAGUUUACCAGUAAACCAUUAAAGAGUGUCAGUGAAGCCAGAGGGAAUCCUUUAACCUGGCAAACUUUUGAAUCUAAGCCAACUACCCCAACCGUACCUAUGAAUACCCCAGCACCACAGACUUUGGAUGCUAAGUCAAGUCUAACAAUGGCACAUGGACAGGCAUUCUCAUUGCACGUACUGGAACCAACAGAAGAACUUUCAGAAGAAGAAAAAGGAAAGGAAAAUGAACAGAAAUUAAAUAACAAGAUACAUUUAAGGAAAACUUUGAAGAAUAACCCUUCCCUCGCUAAGGAAAUAAGAAUAGUCUUGGAGGAGAGUUUGGUGGAGUAACUGGAAACCUUGAGGAUUAAUGCAGAUAUACAUGGUAUUCCAAGUGACCACCUGAAUAGAGUGCUAAGAACCAUAGUAUCAGCAAGACAUGAGCAGGAAUGACAAGUACCUAACAUUCAGCAAAUUCGUGAAUUCCUUGAACGUCAGGUCACCUGUAAAACUGAGGAGAGAACACUACUGUCCACAGACAGGUACAGUGCUUCUCAAGUGGACACCCUUUCAACUGGAGAAAUACCCAAAGCAAUACAUCUUCCUCCCAAAAGCAGACAGUUGGUUAGACAAAGACCUGUUUUUACUGAUAGGACAUCUGUUCCAAAAGUUAAGAAAAAUAUCACAGAAGAUCAUUCUCCCAGAAAGUCUUCAACUACUGCGACCCCUCCCUUCAGUUCAGAGGAAGAGCUGGAUGAUGAGGACCUCAUCCACGCCUAUGCCUCACCAGACUUACUUCCUGUGCUGUCAUCUAAAAGCAACAAGAGUAGCUUUGGAAGAAGCACCAUCAAAAGUGACACUGACUGGACUGAGGGAAGUGAACUUGAGGACUCUGAUAUUUCUCCCAAGCCCACAGGAACCUCCAUUAAAACAUUAACUGGAAAAGUUGAAAAGACAGUUUCAAAUCACAGACAUGUGAAUAAGCCAGUUGGUGGGCUUAAUGUUGCUGAGGCAUUCAUCAAAAAAGAACAAAAAGAAGAUCUAAGGUGUGCAGAUGUGGACGAUGAUGACUGGGACAUAUCAUCCUUAGAGGAAGAGAAAUCUUUGGGGAGAAGAAUUGGAAGAGAACAGAAGGAACCUCCACCUGUGAAGAAUGAGUCAAAUUCUACUUAAGUGCCAAGUGCCUGGGGUGCAACUAACCUGAAAGGGCCAAAGGGAGAAGGAUCUCAGGAUGAAUCCAGCACACUGAAAAGCAGCUUAGUAACCGAGACUGAUUGGAGUGACUCUUCAGAUGUGUAA